AUGUCGAAUGUAUCAUAAACUACUGAGCAAACUCAGCAACAAAAUCAAAAAAUAAAGACAUUUCUGGAAGAGGAAAAAAUUCACAAGAUUAAUGCCAUCUUGCAUAAUCACAGAUCAUAAGACCAUAAGCAUUAGCAUUAGCACAGUGACUACAUUUCAUCCUAAAAAUAAAAGCAUAUUUCAAAUAUAGAAAAUAUGAAAUCAUCAUCAACAACUUAAACUGUAUUAAGGCCGCAAAGUAAUGAGAAAAUAGGGGGAAAUAGUUAAUUGACAGUGAUUGGAAAUGGAAGUUUAUCUUUCAAUGGGGCAAUAACAAGAAAACCUAAUCUAAAGCUUAAUACCAAUUUAAUUAAUCAAACUAGCAUCGGAAUACCACAGACAACAUAAAAUUUACAUAGUAGCAGAAUGAUAAAUUAUUAGAACCCUCACAGUUAAGUUACAGGCGGAAAUCAAAACCAAUAAAAUAACAACUCUAGUCAAUUUACUCACCGAACUGGUUUAACGGCUUCAACUCCAAAGAAUACAACAAGCACGAAUGCUUUAAAUGGGACAGCAAAUUACUCAUCAUCUCUUCUGCUCUAGGCUAAACAUAGAUCAUAGCUUUCAAAUUCUCAACUAAAUCAAGGAACUUAAGGCUCCUAAGGAGCUUAGUUAUCAUCUUCAACAGCUUCAAGUUCUUACGCUAACAGACUUAUCUAAAAUAUCAAUAAUAUCAAUUCUAAUUCUCAAAUCUAAAAUAACGAUAUUAAUAGCAAUAAACUUAUAAAUUAGCAUCAGCAUUAGCAAUAAUAAAUGCAAAGUAAUUCAUCAGCUGAAUUGGUAAAAGUCGGUACAUAAAUACCAAAAACUACUACUGCAGCUAACUUAAGAAAUUUCAAUAAUCUUAGAUAAUUUAACUAACUUUUUAAUAACAAUAAAGGCCAUCAUCAAUCUUCAAAGUCAAAAGGUAAUGAAAGUGAUUUCAACCAUCAUAAUAUUAAUUUAACUCCUGAUCAAAACAAUUAAAGCGUCCUUCAGAAUCAUUAGAAACAUUUACAACAAUAAAAUUCAAAGUCUAAUUUGAAUCAGCACUAGCAAACCUUAUAGCAGUAAAGAUCAAUGGCUAAGGCGAUAUAGGAAGCAGAAAAAUAAAGUUUGCUAAAAAUAAAACCAAAGAAUUUGUAAAUCUCUAUUCCCUCUUCUCCAAGAAACGAAAUUCCUAAAGUUUAAGCAGAAGAAAAAAGUGAGCAAGAUAAAACAAUCAUAUAAAAUCCCUAACUAUAAGCAAAAGCUAAUAAUAUUCACUCAGGUAGUUUAUCAACUACAAAUGCUAAUUAAGGAAAUAUAAAAUUAAGUAAAUUUACUUGCCACUCAACUAGGAAUAAUGCAUAAAAGCAAAAUAUGUUUUCGCAAUAAAAGAAAACUCCAGAUCUAGACAAUCUAACUGAAGAAUCAAAAGAUGCAAAAAGUUAGAGUACCUCAGAUAAUCCUGAUUUCAUGCCUCUUUAGCCAGCACAUAAAAUCAUCAUUCCAAAUCAUGAAUCUACUAAGCAUUCUGUUAAGAGAAAUGGAGUAGUAAGAGCUUAUGCGGCAAAUACUAAUUAAGGAUUAGUAAGAAACUAUAAUGAAGACAGAGUCUCUAUCAUCUUAAAUAUACUCAAACCGCCGAAUAGAAAAGAUGAGAAUUGGCCUAGAUGCUCAUUCUUUGGAAUAUAUGAUGGGCAUGGUGGAAGUGCUUGUGCUGAUUUCCUAAGAGAUAAUUUACAUCAAUUUGUGAUAAAAGAACAAAGCUUUCCAAGUGACCCUAAAGAAGCAAUUAGAAUAGGAUUUGCAAAUGCAGAAAAGAAAUUCCUUGAAUUAUGUUAAAAUGAAAGUGGAGUUAUAGAUAAAAGUGGAUCUUGCGCCAUAGUUGCAUUAAUUGUUGAAGAUAAUUGUUAUAUUGCAAAUGUUGGGGAUUCAAGAGCUAUUCUUUCAAGUCGUACAGCAACUACAAAUCCAGAUCAGAAUAAUCCCAAUAAAAAAGAGAUAGUUGUAGGGCCUCUUAGAGUUCUUCCAGGAAGACUUUCAGUUUCAAGAACUUUUGGAGAUGCUGAGGCCAAGCUAUUGAAAACAGGUGGAAAUCCAAAAGUUGUCAUUGCAGACCCUGAAAUCAAAUCAUUUAAAAUUUCGAAUGAGCAUGACUUUGUCAUUCUAGGAUGUGAUGGUAUUUUCGAUAAACUAAAUAACUAAGAUACAAUGGCAUGUGUCUGGAACAGUGUAAACGAUAAUAAAACACUUGGAUUCGCUCAAAAUAUUCAUAAAUAAAGUGGGAUGGCUGUUGAAUACAUUCUCAAGAAUUCAUUACUUAGAAGAACUCUUGAUAAUGUUACAGUAGUUAUGAUUGCUUUCAACAACUUUAAACAUUCAGUCUUUGGAACAGGCAAACACUCAGGAAAAAAUAAAAAUAAAAAGGGAACUAUGAGUAAGUAAUCAAAUGAUAGCUCUUUAGUGCUAUAACCACCAGUGAGUAGAAAUGGUCAAGACAAAAGGAAAGAAAAUAUCCCUCCCUCUAGCUCAUCAAGUUAAAUUGAUAACUUGAACGGGAAGAGAAGUGGGCUUGGAAUAAGCACAAACUCAAACUGUACAUCAUAAGGACCGAAAACCACAACUAAUGCAUAACUGUAGAAAGAUACGAUGUUGAAAGAGGGAAAUUAGUAAAAUUAGUCGUCUUUACAAAAUACUUCAUCAUCAUUGCACCCUAAAAAAGGAAUCAAUGCCGGUUAUACAUCAAAUAACACUAAAUCAAAGCACUUUGACUUUUCUAAUGUAUGA